AUGAGUGGAAAGUCGCUGCCGGAUGCAAUAGCGCGCGAGAUCGGGACGAUAAAGAUCGUUUGGCGCGACUGUGUCAAGGUCGGGAAAGAGUUCUCGGACAACUGCCGGGAGUACGCCACGGUAAGCUCCUACAAGCAGGCCAACAAGACCGACGCCGUGGCCACCGGAGGCGCGGGGACGGGAGCGGGCGAGGGCAUGAGCUUCUCGUCUACCACAAGUUGCGGCAACAGUAGUGCUGCGGGACGUGGGGUGGCGGACGGCCAUGGUGGUCGUAGUUUCGGGGAAUUCAACUCUUCUGUUCAGCGUUCCGGGCGUAAUUCUGGUGGUGAAUGGCAAGAGUGA